CAUUUCAUUUAGCUGCCAAAACUAGUCAUCCAAGCGAUAAAAAAACACAAUGUCACAUUUCAUUCCCGUAUUUCGCUCUGCAAACUACAUUUGGCAUUUGGCACAUAAGAAAUUACUGGAUUUCAAUCUCAAGGCCAAAUAAGCGAGGCGAUGGCGCUGACAAUUUUGACUUGGGAGUCAAGGCCCAAUAAGGCGGCCCGCACACCCUGUUCCUUUGUUCUAUAUUUUAACGUAAUCCAUCCUCCCUAAUCUUUUUUUUUUUUUUUUGGAAAAGAGAACACAUUAGAAGAAAAUACUUGAUGAUAAUCUUUUUUUGCCCACCAACCACGCCUUGUAAAUCAGUCAUUAAGACCUGUUUUCUAAUGACAAAAUGACUAAACAACAGUUUAAUAAUCUGCCCUCAAUUCACUAAAAUUUCAAAUAAACAAAUAUAAGAAGUUUUACUACUGCGCCAUUCCUCAGCGAUUAGCCGAACAGGACGAAACUCACAUUACCAGAAUCCAACCUUCUAAAUAUGCCGCCCACGCCAUGAUCCUUUUCCCGUAUUAUAAAUUGCUGUCCAGACAAAAAAAGACGCACAAUAUAUAGAUUGAAAAUUGAUAGGGCUCACUUGUUGGUAGCUGCUGUUCGUUGUCUGCAACCAACAGCCGAGCAAAUCAAUUUCCCCAAUGGCCAUGGCCGCGGCCACCAAUUUCUGCGCAUCUGCUUCAAUCUCCUCCACUAAGAAAAAAACUCCUCCUUCGUUACAGGGUCGGACUUGCUCCCUGCCUUCGACGCAUCAUCAUUUUCUCUCUGCCGGCCGGAGACCAGCCAGACUUUCCGUGACGGCGACGGCUGCGCCGCCCAGCGCAGUUCAACAGGUCGAUGGGGCUACAACCUCCGGCAAAGCUUCCAAGGCUCUGCCUUUUAGAGUGGGACAUGGGUUCGAUCUCCACCGGCUGGAGCCUGGCUACCCUUUGAUCAUCGGCGGGAUUAACAUUCCUCACGAGAGAGGCUGUGAGGCUCACUCCGACGGAGAUGUAUUGCUGCACUGCGUUGUGGAUGCGAUAUUGGGAGCACUGAGUCUGCCUGAUAUUGGGCAGAUAUUCCCUGAUAAUGAUCCUAAGUGGAAGGGAGCUGCUUCUUCUGUUUUCAUCAAAGAAGCUGUGAGACUGAUGCACGAGGCCGGUUAUGAGAUUGGAAACUUGGAUGCCACCUUGAUCCUUCAACGACCGAAACUGAGCCCGUUCAAAGAAGCCAUCAGGGCCAACUUGUGUGAACUGCUAGGAGCAGACCCAGCUGCUGUGAACUUGAAGGCCAAAACCCACGAGAAGGUCGACAGUCUGGGGGAGAACAGAAGUAUUGCAGCCCAUACCGUCGUUCUCCUAAUGAAGAAGUGAUGUUGCCAAACUCCAUUAUAGCUGCCGAUCCCUAAAACAUGGAAAUUGUUGUACUUCUUCUUUAGCAUGUUGUAAGCUUUGACAAACAAUACCUUCUAGCAGUCGAAUCAAUAAUCUCUUUUGCGUUCAUAGUUGUCUUGUAAGAUCUUUUUUAAGAUUAUAGAGUAUAAGAGGAGCAUUGUGUAGCUUCCUUUGCAAAAGAUUCUACUCGAAAUCGAGUUCCCAGUGUAUUUCGAAACUUCUUCCUGAGGUGAUACAGAAAAACCUUCUUCCUGAAAGUAACAUGAGAAAUCUUUCUAAACCUGUGGCGUUUCGUAUGAGCAAGACUGAAGUUUUUCUCAAUCGACUGGACUGGUUCUGUCAUCUGUGGACUGGUUGAUCUUCAAGCUCCAUGCUGCGAAAUCGACUGCCCCACAAACUCAGCAUCCGUGGUACGAGUUGGCCUGUCGUAGGCCAGUUGAAUUAGAACCAAUUAGGCCCUAGGCCCAAGGCCCAAAAGGAUUAUUUAGAGAUCCAGCGACCGAGCACAGCGUUCAACACCCUUUUGCGUAAGGCACAAGCCUUCCAUCUACCUCUUGCCCAAGCAGAACUUCCACAUAAUCUUACGGAAAGCCCAAUGGAAUUUUUCCUCCAAAAGAUCACUCGUAUUAUCGAGAAAACAGUCAUAUACAAAAGAGUCACAUAGCUGAAAACAACCAAAAAACAAAAUUGAACCCC